ACAGCGAGCUGAAACAAUGGCUGGAUUGGGCACCCUCUGCCUCGCCGUGCAGCUCCCGCUGGUGUGUCUGCUGCUGCGCUCGUCGGCGUCGACGGCGCAGCACACGCUGGGCACCGGCUCCUCCCUGUCGGUGGAGGACAGGGCGCGGGCUUUCCUGGUGUCGCCGGACGGCACCUUCGCCUGCGGCUUCGUCCAGGUCGGCGACAACGCCUUCUCUUUCUCCGUAUGGUUCACUGCCGCCAAGAGCAGUGCCGUGGUCUGGACGGCCAACCGCGACUCCCCCGUGAACGGCAGGGGCUCGAGGAUCUCGUUCCGCCACGACGGCGAGCUGGCCCUCGCCGACACCAACGGGACUACGGUGUGGGCGAGCAGGACGGGCGGCGGCGGGCGGGGCCUCACCGUCUCCCUCCGCGACACCGGAAACCUCGUCGUCGUGGACCCGUCGACUGGCCGCGCCGUGUGGCAGAGCUUCGACUGGCCGACGGACACGCUGCUCCCGUCGCAGCCGUUCACCAAGGAGACGAAGCUCGCCGCCGGCUACUACAGCCUCUACUUCGACAACGACAACGUGCUGCGCAUGCUCUACGACGGCCCGGAGAUCUCCAGCAUCUACUGGCCGCUGCCGGACUUGCGCGUCUUCGGCAACGACCGGACAAGCUACAACAGCUCGAGGAUCGCCAUCCUCGACGAUGCGGGCGUCUUCCGGUCCUCCGACAGGCUGCAGGCCCUGGCCUCCGACAUGGGCGUCGGCGUCAGGAGGCGACUUACCAUCGAGCAGGACGGCAACCUGAGGAUGUACAGCCUGAACGCGUCGACCGGUGGCUGGACGGUGACAUGGUCGGCGCUCAAGCAGCCGUGCCAAGCCCACGGGUUGUGCGGCAAGAACGGCAUCUGCGAGUACCUGCCGAGCCAGCGAUGCUCCUGCCCUCCAGGGUACGUAAUGAAUGACGCGCAGGACUGGGGGAAAGGCUGCAACCCGACGUUCGCCGUCGGCAACUGCAGCCAGGGGGCGGCGUCGGAGAAGUUCAUGUCCUUCAAGGUGGCCCAAACCGACUUCUACGGCUACGACCUCAAGUUCAACAUGUCGAUGACGUUCGAGAUAUGCAGGGAGCAGUGCCUGCUGGAUUGCCAGUGCGUCGCCUUCUCCUACAGGCUGGACGGCGCGGGGAGAUGCUACACGAAAGGCAUGCUGUUCAACGGCUACACGUCGGCGAAUUUCCCGGGGAGCAUCUACCUCAAGGUGCCCCUCGACAUCAACGCCUCGGCGCUGCGGGUCUCCGCGCAGAGCGCGGCGGCCGGCCUUGCCUGCAGCCCCGUCGUGCCCGUGUUGACCGUGUCUGCUGCCGUGUACGGGAUGCCGGCAAGAAACAGCUGGAAGUGGACCUACUUCUUCGCGUUCGCUGGCGUGCUCGGAGUUCUGGACCUCCUGUUCAUCGCGACGGGCUGGUGGUUCCUCUCCAGCAAGCAGAGCAUCCCCAGCUCGCUGGAGGCAGGGUACAGGAUGGUCCUGACGAGCCAAUUCAGGCGAUUCACGUACCGCGAGCUCAAGGACGCGACGAGCAACUUCAAGGAGGAGCUCGGUCGGGGCGGCUCCGGCGUGGUGUACCGCGGCGUGCUCGACGGCGGUAAGGUGGUGGCGGUGAAGAAGCUGGCGGUCGAGGUGUCGAUGCAGGGGGACGAGGAGUUCUGGGCGGAGAUGACGGUGCUCGGGCGGAUCAACCACAUGAACCUUGUCAGGAUUUGGGGCUUCUGCUCCGAGCACAAGCACAAGCUGCUGGUGUACGAGUACGUGGAGAACCAGUCGCUGGACCGGCACCUGUUCGACGCGUCCGACGGCGGCGGCGGCAGCGGCAGCAAGACGACGACGCUGGGGUGGAAAGAGCGUUACAAAAUUGCUCUGGGCACGGCGAGGGGCCUCGCCUACCUCCACCACGAGUGCCUCGAGUGGGUCAUCCACUGCGACAUGAAGCCGGAGAAUAUCCUCCUGACGCGGGAGUUCGACGCCAAGAUCGCCGACUUCGGGCUGGCCAAGCUGUCCAAGCGGGACGGCGGCGCCGGCGUGGAGCUCACGCACAUGAGGGGGACCUCGGGAUACAUCGCGCCAGAGUGGGCGCUCAACGUGCCGAUCAACGCCAAGGUGGAUGUGUACAGCUUCGGCAUCGUGCUGCUGGAGAUCGUUGUCGGGAGCCGGGUCGCCGACCAGAGGACGGCGGCCGGCGAGCGGCUGCAGAUGCCGCAGAUCGCGCAGGCGCUGAGGCAUGUGCUGGACGGCGGCGACGUGAUGUCCCUGGUGGAUGCCAGGCUGCAGGGGCAGUUCAACCCUCGGCAGGCCAUGGAAAUGGUGAGGAUCUCUCUGGCGUGUAUGGAUGAAAGGAACAGCAGGCCGACCAUGGACGACAUCGCCAAGGCUCUCACGGCAUUCGAUGACGAGGACGAACACCCCGCCUACAGGUCAUGACACUCUGCUUUCAGUAUAUGGCACAACUGGUUAACAUCACAUUUCAGCUCUGCAGCUGAGCUGUGAGUGUAUACCUCAGGACUUGAUUUCGAGUCAUAGGACCAGAGCAAUAUCCUUAAGUAGGUACCGAGGAUAGUAAAUUUUACAUUAAAAUUUUAAUAUCUCAUAGUAUUUUUUUAAUGACCGUAAAAUCGUUCAGAAAUCUGUAUAGUUGAGAAUUUAAAUCUAUACUCAUUUUCCGUACAGAGAUCGCUUACUGGCAUG